AUGGAAAUAGAUUCGGGCGCCAGACCGGCAGUAAUCUCUAAGCAGUGUUAUGAAAAUUUUUUCUCACACGCACCGUUGAUAACUUCUAAAGUAACACUGCGAACGUACAACAAGCUUCUUAUACCAUCUUUAGGAUAUUUAAAGAUAACAGCAGAGAGAAACGGUAUUAAGAAUCAUUUAAUAUCACACGUAGUAAAACAGGGAGGUCCACCCCUUCUAGGUCGCAACUGGUUGCAGGCCUUUGGGUUGUGGCCAAUUCGUUUCCAAAACAAUAUGCACGCGGUCGUUACUAGCAAGCUAGAUAGCUCGAAGCAAACUGUAAAGGUAAAAAACACCGUAGAAACGGAAAGAUUGAAACGCGAAUUCCCUAAGAUUUUUGAAGCCGGCAUAGGCACGUUUACAAAAGGAGAAUUAAUAUUAACACUUAAAGAAGAAGCUCGUCUCAAAUUCCUGCAACCCAGAAAAAUACCAUGGGCGUUACGCGAGAAGGUCGCGCGUAAAUUGUCAAAAUUAGAAGCUUUGAAAAUAAAUUUUCCAGUAGAAUACAGUGACUGGGGCUCACCGGUGAUGCUUGUGCUGAAGAGCGACGGCUCGGUUCGACUCUGUGGUGACUUCAAGGUCACUCUAAAUAAAUACUUAGAAAUUGAUCAUUAUCCUUUACCGAAAGUUGAAGAAGUUUUGGAAACUCUAAGAAGGGGUGAAUUAUUCACAAAGCUCGAUCCAUCAGAAGCUUACCAACAGUUGCCGUUAGCAAAAGAUUCAAAAAAACUUGUGGUAAUAAGUACGCACCUCGGAUUGUUCCAGUACAAUAGAUACCCUAUGGGGUAUCAACCGGCCCGGGAUCAUUUCAGAGGAUAA